UAGGGCUGCUUGGGGGCGCUAGAUGCCACCUAUAUUGAUGUGAUGGUGCCAACGAAGGAUAGGCCACGCUACAGGACGCGUAAGGGGCAGAUCGCAACCAAUACACUAGCAGUGUGCGAUCGUCAAAUGCAAUUCGUGUAUGUUCUCCCUGGUUGGGAGGGUUCCGCCGCCGAUUCAAGGGUACUCCGCGAUGCACUCACGAGGGUACAUGGGUUUAGAGUGCCAAGAGGAAACUACUACUUGUGCGACAACGGCUACGCUAACUGUGACGGCUUUUUGGCACCCUACAAAGGCGUGAGAUAUCAUCUUAAGGAAUGGGGCCCUCUUGCCGGUAGACCACAAAAUGCCCGUGAGCUAUUUAAUCUAUGCCACGCGAAGGCACGGAACGCAAUUAAACGUGCAUUCGGUGUCAUGAAGAUGAGGUGGGCCAUCUUCCGUAGCUCUUCUUACUAUCCCGUCAAGGUUCUAAACCGAUUAAUCAUGGCAUGCUUCGUCCUCCACAAUUUCAUAAGGUCCAACAUGGUUGUUGAUCCAAUCGAGCAACAAUUUGACAACCAAGCUGCAGAGAUGGAAAAUAUGGAUCUUGAGGGUGGGGAGUACGUCGAUGGAGUCGAGCCUUCACCGGCGUGGACUGCGGCAAGGGAUGACUUAGCUCAACAAAUGUGGCAACAAUAUAUAGAGAUGCCUUAGAGUGCUUAGCUUGUGUCUAGUUUAUGUUAGGUUGUUUUCAAGAUUUCACUAAUAUGUGAGAUACUUAUGUACUGCUACAUGUCGAUUUCGGAAUUGUCUGUGAGGUCUUUUUACUAGUCUAAAAUGGUGUUUGCUUGCACUUAUAAUUAGUUGAAGCUUGUGUUAGUUUGUAUGUGCAAUUUAAAGUUAUGUUUCUCUUCUUACUGAUCCAUUUUCCUUUCCCUAUGGUUGGACCGUGUCAACCACACCAGGAAUGGCAAACUAUGGAGAUGCACAGGAUGGUGUUCCAGGAUGCACUUGUGGACAUGGCAAGAUGGUACUCAAGCGCGCCAGCCCAAACGCGAAGAACGCGGGUCGGUAUUACUACAAAUGUCCAAGAGAAGAAAACCAUAAGGGAGGUUUCAUUUGGCUUGAUGAAUUACACCACGUGCCGGCUGCGCCAGGAUUUCAGCCACCUGCUCUCGGAGGCAAUCCACGGCCUCCAGCUGGUCCAGGCUUAACUGGGAGUGUCGUUCCCAUCGUUUUCAUGGCGGUAGCCCUUGUCCUACUUAGGUUUCUCGUCGGUAAACUUAUGUAGUCAUGUAAUGGUGUACUAGAUGCUUUCCCCUUUUGUUAUAGGUAAGAAUUGUGUUGGUCCGAUGCAUGUGGCAUGAGAUUCCUUUUGC